CUCAAACUCAGAGGCACGUUGAUUCAGUGCACUUCUCGCAGUCAAGACGUAAGGACGUCAGCUCGGCUUAAGUCUUGGAACAGAUCAAGAAUAGCUGCUUAUCUAAACAUAAUGGAUAUGGAGGAAGACUUAAAUUGCAAUCAUGACUGGCUAAGAUAUCUUUUAGCGGACGGCGACUACCUGGAAGAAUGGGGACUGUGUGAUGAAUCGGAAGAUUUUAUUAAAUUUCCACUGAGUAAAACAAAAGUAGAAUUGAAUCAGGAAGACAUGCUGGUAAGGCCCCAAUGCAUCAAGGAAGAUGAAGAUGAAGACGACGCCGUAGUUCCGAUCAGGAACACAUACUUUAAACCACUGUUCAUAACCAGGGAGGUAGAAGUUAAAGUUCAUUUUCUGGGUCUCAAAAAGGAGUAUGAGAAAGUCCAAAGUCGUAUAAACCGUAAAUCAAGGCAGCGACUGACAGACGGAAAAGUUCGCAUAAUGGUGACGGCUGAUGCACAAAUUGGAAACAUUGAAGUUCAGGUGGAGCGAACGCCAAUGGCAACAACUCUCUGUGGUGACGUCACUGGCAAGGUGCCGUUGAAGGUUAAAAUGGGCUCGCAAAAUGUCAAUAAGCAAUACCUUUCCGUUGAUCUCGAUUCAGUUUACAUGUCUGAAAAAGGUACACCAGUUUACAAGCUUUCCACUGUAGAUGCGGAGAGACGUAACCAGUUCCGCCUGGUGGUCACCGUUCAGUUCAUCGACGGAGCCCGCAGUCGGUCGUUUGUCAGCCCAUCAUUUCUCUUACGGAGCCGCAGACCAGAAAGGAAGAAGUCGUCCUAAUUCAAUGACUACCUACUUGUUUAACUGACUAGUUACGAGGCUAAUUGGGUUCCCGUCCCUUCGUAGGAGGAGCACAACUCAAGCCAAGCUAUUUAUAACAAAAUUUGCAUUCACACCAUUCAAAGUAAUCGUCUCUACAUAAAUGUUGUAUCCCACAGGGAAACAUCCAAAAGUGAAGGGAACAAAAUUGCCCGCUCACCGAAACUAGUGAUAACUGGAACAGUAUUCAAUAGUUGUUGUAGUAUGAUUAAGUCCACUAGUUGUUAAGAAAAUAGCUUCCAUACUCUUUUCAGGGGUUCAGUUAGUAACACGGGGCGAAGUAAUAAACAGCGCAAUAAUAGAGCGAAAACGAGGGAAUUUUGGGUCGAGUCGCAACCCGUUUCAAGCCUUCUUGGUUUUACUCCUUCGCCUCUAUCGCACGGUCUUUUCAACGCGCAUCGUUUUACUAACUGAACGUCUAGAACAGGCUGCCGAAUGCAGCAUUAAUCUAACAAUAAAAACUAUUUAGUAUGUAGUGUGUGGUAUAAUUACUACAAAAGCCGAAAAUUUUUAAGUAAUGUUCAAUAAUGAAAGUUAAGGGAUUUUCCAAGCCUCUGAAUAAAAUUAAAUUAACUUCUGAUUUGAAAGAAAAGGCUGAAAAGGUUCUUAAUAGAGGAAAGAUGCUGAAAAUGAUCUUAAUCGAUCGUUGUACAUACGGUUUCAGAAACCAGGCAUAAGAAAUUUUCUAGUUGGAUUUUUGUAUUUUAAGUAACUGAAAAUAUAUUUGAUAAUGACAUUUUUCGCUUAUUUCAAAACUUAAGCAUCUUUAAUUUAUGAUAGAGCAAUAUGAAGGGGUUUUUUUAAAAACGUAGUAGAGAGACGGAUUUGUUGACGUAAGUCUCCGCGAUGAAGAGAACGUACUCCUUUGAAUGAAUGAUUCAUGGCUCCAUCGAAUUCCAUCAUUAUUUAAUUCGAAUGAUGUGACUGCGCUUGACAAUAUGAGAUUUUAAGACUGUUGAAGAAGAAAAGCUAUUUGAAUUGCACAUUUUUUUUAUUUAAAAAAUUUCCCAGUUUUGUAUGAAUGUACCAUGUUUAUUUAAAUGAAAACGUUAAUAAAGUGUACUUAAAAGAAAUGUUUAAACGACUGUAGAUAUCAACAAUUGUGAUUAAAAAACCCUUGCACUUU